GAAUGACGCGCACGUAUUGUUGAUAUCUAGCGUGAAAAAAAUGGCCUCUACAUGGGAAAUACAUUUAACGGUGGUUUAUUUAAGCGUCUUGUGUGUCCUGGCCAAUGCACAAUCGAAACAAAUAACCACGGAAACAGUCGUGUUAAAUGUGACAGCGGUUAGUGAAACUAACCAGACUAAGUACAGUGUACAGAUCAAUUUAAAUCUAGGUCUUUUGGACAAUGAAACAUUCAUUAAUGGAGCUCCUCUCAAGCCUUCAGGAGUCACAAGGAUGACAUGUCCCGCUCUAUUGUUGGAUGGUUCUAAUGUGAGCUCUAGUAAUCUGGCGGAUUGGUUGGUCAGCAGUGAGCUGAGGCUGAUGGUAAAUCAGUCAUAUGUUCAGAGUGAUGCUGGAGAGCAGCUUCUGUUACUCGUCCUGAGUCAAGAGAUAAUCCAGCUGGCGGAUGAAAAGGUCCAGCAGCCAGACGCGUGUGAGGUGGAGAUCCUGUGGAACCAGAGCUCUGAGGAGAUCACACAGGUGACCAAUAUUUACCCUUCAACAAGAAGCAAGCUCUCGGCCAUCCCACGAGAGAGUGACGUCUUGGUGACUAAUGUGUCAAUUCGUAACACAGUUGAAGACCAAGUGCUUACCACCAGCCACUAUCUACUCAAACAUGCAGAGACCACUCAGGAGGAGAUUGCCGCUCCGGGGAAACUCCCUGAAACUCCCUUGCGGAUGGACCCUGAAACCCUGUAUGAGUCUAGAGAGGAAGAGGAAAGGACUUCAGAUUCCUUGCUGCUUGGGCCUCCUCUAAGUGGGUCCAUGUCCUCCUACAGUGUGGCAUGUCAGUGGGUCGAGGGCCUGAGAGAUAAACUGAGGCGCUUCUGGUCUGAUUCUGUCCCGCUCUUCUUCUUGAUCAUGUGGGUGGUGGUGGUUGGUGUUGCAGGUUCAGCUGUCAUCAUUAAGAUCCUGGAUCUUCUGUUCCCAUCCUGUGAACACAGGGGAUUCUUUCAUCUGAAUCCAGAGACUCUGAUGCCAGAUGAUGAAAAACAGAGGCUAGUAGAUAACAUGGAUGAAGAAACGACAGAAAAAAGCAUUUUGAUAGAAAAGUGAUGGAUGUGUUCUCAUCAGUUUGGUUAUGUGGCUUUAUUUGGUCGUCAAUACCAAUGAUUUCAAUGUAGCACUUUAAAAGAAAAAAAUAUUCCCCAACAUUUCCUAAUGAAACCGAUUUCUAUUUUCACAUCUGCGUCUGUUUAACAGCAUAAUUAGCAAAUUAUUAUUUGUAUUUUUCCCUACAUUGUGAGGUGGAAUGGUUAAGGUGCACAAAUUUAAAUAAGCACAGUCCCUGAAAUGUCCCUGCCUAUUCCCCACUACAGUGGAUGUUUUAUGCUAAUACUAGGAAUUGAUAUUGCCUCUUGUAUGGAAAUGACAUUGUAUCAUUACUAACAACUAAAGGGUAUAGCACUAAAAUGGACAAAUAAUUCAUUAAAGUUAAUGUAAAGAACCAUCAAAAAUUCUUUUCAACUGUCCAUUUUAUUUAAAUGGAUUAUUUCUUAUUUCUCAUUGGGGGUCUUUUUAAAUGGUCUGUAUGAAACUAUGUUGCUUAAUGUUGUUUAACGUUAAUAUUCAUGUUGCUUCAGAUAUUGCCUGUUACGCUAAGCAUGUAUGCCAGCAAUACAUUUCAACUUCGACCUGCUUUAGAUGACUGAAGACUUGUAUACUUUGGCCUGAGCAAUCUGUCAACGUAUUCCUCAUUACAAUAUUUCAUUCAUUUCAAGCAUUGUACUUCAACGUUUUAAACCCUUCAACAGGGUGCUUACAAUUCAUUGUUGCCCUGUCAUUGUCUGUUAAUGAAAUCAGUAGUUUUCUGUCAUUCGGAUGCAUGUUAUGACUUGUUUUUCUUCACAGUUUGUUACAUGAGUAAAUCCUGCACAAAU